ACUUCCCGCUCUCGAUGGAUUUUACAGCCAAGUCCCUCGACGCGCCAGCACGGUACGACGGACCUCUGCCGAAACGGAUGCGUGGCGCAGCGAAAUUUGAACCAUCCACCAACUUGAACGACGCUCUUCUUCCUUCGCCCGAUUUCGGCCCCAAUGACGCCACAUUUUCUCGCAACGAAGAGCCGCCGAUCUCCGCAACAGAUGCCGCAUCAGGCGCCGCACGGAACGGCGGAGCUGGUGGCGUCGAUCUGACGCUCUCUCUCGGUGUCGUCGGGCCGUCUGGUAGCAGUAGCGAGCAGAAACGGUGGCGACAUGAUGUUCGCAUCGAACCCGCCGCUGCCGCGUUAAGAGACGACUCGAUCUUCGAUCUAGACUUCGAGGCGCGGCGAUCUUUCAGCCUUGUCGCGUCGGCGCAAGUCCCGCACGAUAUUAAUAAUCAUCGUUCCGUCGCCGCCGCGAGGUGUCUAGACGAAACGGCCGCCGCCCGUGAUUACCGGCGGCCGGCGGAAGAUGUCUGCCAGCCCGCGGCUUUCCUCGAAAACGACGGAGCGCAAAUUCUUCCUCUUGUCCGAGCGGCGCCGCGCGCAACGGGUGACGCUGGACCGGCGACGACGGACCAUCAUUAUCUCGCACCGUCGCCAGACGGUGCUGACCAUCGACUCGACGUUCCAUCACAAUUCGACCCUCAAGCCGACGUUUCAGAUGGUCGAAUCCGGCCCGGCUCUAUGACGACGAUGGCGGGCGGCGUUACCGCUGGCCGGCGCGCCAAUGACAGCACCGCGGCGGCGCGAGUUCCGGGAGUUGAGAAAGGAGUGCUUUCUCCAAGUCGUUCGAUGCGUAGUGAGGGGGCUUUCAAGCAUCAUAGCGAGUGGUCGUCCGACGUGUGGUCGUCAUGCCUUGCGUCAGCGCUCUACGCGCCCGUGAAUGUAGGCCUGAAUGCUGGGAGCCUGAAUGCGGGGAGCCUGAAUUCGGGGAGCCCAAGUGGAGUCAUGAACCAGAGCAUCGAUGGUGGGAGCACUCCCUUAAAAGCUCGCAGAAAUUGGAGCUGCAACGAUGUCACCGGGGGCAGAUCUCAACAGCAGCUGAGACGAGCGACUGCAGUCGCCACCGCAGCAGCUGCUGCAGCAACUCAAGCAUCAACCUUGGACGGAGGGAGCUCGAAUGCUGGGAGCGUCAAUGCUGAAAGCACUCCUUUGAAGGGUCGCAGAAAUUGGAGCUGUGACGAUGUCACUCGGGGCCGUUCUCAACAGCAGCCGCGACGAGCGGCUGUAGUCGCCGCCACAACAGCCGCAGCAGCAGCAACGCAAGAAUCAACUCCGGCAGCAAUGGCGGCAGCAGCAGAACGAGGAGCAGCAGGACAAGCAGCAUGGGCAAGGAGACUUGAUGCAGUGGCAGCUGCUGUUACUACGCCCCCACCACAACAACUGCUGGCAGCAGCAGAAGAAACGCGGCAAGCGCUAGGAACAGUAGGAGCCACAGCAUGGCACCACGCAGCAAUGAGAGGCAUGUCAGACCCGCCCGGAUCAAGACAGGAGAGCUUGAUGCAGCAAUGCGAUGCCAUCUUGGAGACAACAAGUCCUGCUGCCGCAAGGACGAGCGUGUACGAAUCACAUGCGGAUAUCUAUGCCCGUGCUCUCAUGGCGUCAGAAUGGAAGGCACCUACGAAUGAGGGUUCAGGUUCAGGCUUGUAGGCUGACAUACUAAGGGCGUAUUCCUGGAUGCAACGUCAGAAUCGAACCUGUGAGAUACAGUGCGGUGUCCAACUGCGCAUCUCAAUGCGGAUCAGUCU